AUGGGUAUCCUUAGAAUGGAUUCCUCCGCUCUUGGAAUAUCUCCUCAAGAUCGGAUCAAGGUAUACGGCCAGUCUUGCCACACAGCUUGGAGCUUUUGGCCGCGCCAAACUACCCCGCACCUCUUGACCCAGGGUAUACUUAAUAUGAAGCAGCACCCGGAUACAUCUUGCCUCUCUCCCUCAACAUACACCAGCUUGCUGCCCUACCAAGCUUUGAUGGACGUCAUCUCCUCGUUCUUUUACCGCGGCCGGUUCGAUGACUUUCACACAACCUUUAUGUCUGAAGAUAACCGGGAAUACAAAAACAUAAAAGAGAUUUACUACCAAUACAAAGACAAAGUUGAAGCCAAGCCUCCCUCACCAGCAAACAAAGAAACCGCUGUUGCCGUUGCCGCCCCAGCCCCAGUCACUGCCAGCUCCGGCGCGCACUCUGUCGGCUUGCUCCGCUCGGGCGUCUACCUCCCCUCAUUCACCCAUGCGCUCAAAGCCUUGCUCGAGAUCUCCAUCAGCUCGGGCUCAAUCGAUCCCGCCAUCUGCGUUGACAAUAAUGGCGUGGGCCUCAAUAUUCGCUUGAUCCGCGAAAACGAUCUAUUGAUGAAGCCGACGGGCAGACAGGGAGCACCCGCUGAGAAGCAUGGAAGGCUGUAA